UGUGCGACACUUCCGUUUGAGGAGGUGAAAGGUUAGGGGUGUCACAGUGUCCUCUUGUCACACACGUGAGUUAAGGCUGCACCAUGCUCUCAGCUUUGUCCAGGACUCUGCUCUCCGCCGCCAGGGUUGCGGCCUCACGACCCCCAGCAGUGCUCGGCUCACUGGGCACUGUCCGUUCCUUCACCCGCUCCCUGUGGGUGCCCGGCGGCACAAGCUCUGCUCUCAGGCCGACUUUCCUCUAUCCUUAUCGGGGCUUCCCAGCCGUGUCCUGUGGCUGCGGCGGGCUACAUACGGAGGGAGACAAGGCAUUUGCAGAAUUCCUCAAUGAUGAAAUCAAAGAGGAAAAGAAGAUCCAGAAACACAAAUCCCUGCCUAAGAUGACCGGUGGAUGGGAGCUGGAAGUGAAUGGCACAGAAGCUAAGCUUUUACGCAAACUUGCAGGGGAAAAGGUUACAGUAACAUUUAAUACCAAUAACAGCAUCCCACCCAGUUUUGAAGAGGAGACACAAGAAGGCCAGAAGGCUGAGGAGAAUGAGCCCGACCUUGUAUCCACUCCCAACUUUGUUGUAGAAGUUACAAAACAGGAUACCAAUGAGACAUUGGUGCUUGACUGUCACUAUCCUGAAGAUGAGGUAAGUCGUGGUGAAGAAGAGGAGGAAAGUGACCUUUUUGCCAUUCGAGAGGUUAGCUUCCAGCCAACAGGAGAGACUGACUGGAAAGAGACCAGCUACACACUAAACACAGAUUCUCUUGACUGGGCCCUGUAUGACCACUUGAUGGAUUUCCUGGCUGACCGGGGGAUUGACAACACUUUUGCUGAUGAGCUUGUGGAACUUAGCACUGCUUUGGAACAUCAAGAAUAUAUUCGUUUCCUGGAGAAUCUGAAAAGCUUUGUUAAAUGUUAACUCUGAGAGGCAUAGGGAUUUCUUGUUUUCCUCAUAUUGAAACUUCAACAUUUUAGUAUAAUUAGCAUUUCAGAUAUUUCAAAUGUUGGAGAAAUUUCCGCUAAGAUGCCGAAGUACACAUUUUCUUUAGUUUUUUUUCAUUUUAGGAAAGGGUGUGUGUGCUUCAAUCCAUCAAGGCCACAGCUGGGAGUUAUGAUCUCUUCCAUGGAGCGAGAAGAAUUAAGGCUUCUCUUACCUUGUUUAACAGCAUCUGAGAGUCCAGUGUCAACCAAACACUGCAACUAGCCUUCUUUCAACAUGCAGUAGUUUCUGCACUAAUUUAACAGACCAAUCUCAAUAUUGUAUGUUCUAUUAUAAAAUAUUAUGUCAUUUUCAUUUUUGUAAAAAUCCCUUAACAAAAAAUGACUCUUGAAA